AUUGAAGGCGAUUUUGGUGAUGUUCAAGUGUGAUGCUGGGCUUGAAAAUUUCCAUAGAAUAAAGGAUUCAUCUGUCGUUUCCUCAUUUUCGUUUCUACUUUAUAUAUUCCUUUUCUUUUUCUUUCUACAGUUUGGUGGUGAUAAACCGUCAUUGCGCGGUGAACUUGGGGAUUUCUGAUAAAAAAUCCGGUGUUUCUAUAUUCCAAUGAGCCACGAUGAAGUAAAGGACAUGCAUUCGGGAGAAGCUCGCUCGGGUCGUCGCUUACGCUUGUUUCACCGAUCGGACGGUCGACGAUGGACGUUUGUACCCAAAAAUCGGGCUCGACGCCAAGAUCAGGCACCAACAUCUGACCCGGUGGGCUCUCAACCCAUGAAUGGUUCUCAAUCCACGCUUGGCGAUAUACCCAAACCUUCUCAAUCUCAAGUCGAUUGUAACGAUGAAUCGUUGACAGUAGAAUUCCCCCCACUGAUCGAUCCCAGCCAGUUAAUGUUGCGAGUCACCAUUUUGAGUGGCCAAUGUCUCGCCCCCAAGGAACAAGAAACCAACUGUAAUCCUUACACUGUAGUGAUGUGUGGAGGCAAUCGGGAAAGAACACAUGCUGUAAAGAAAUCGGUGGGCCCUGAGUGGGUCACCAGCUUUGAUCUGAGCUUACUGGAUGAACGUCGACAACGACCCGAAAUACUGUGGACCGAAGGGCUCAAAAUGAUGGUGUGCAGCAAGGGACGAUUAAGAUCUCAUUUCAUCGGACAAAUUCAUUUGGCGCUGCAAGAUCUAUUUUGUCAUAAUGAUACCAUUGCCUAUGAUGACCCACGCAACCAACCCACAUGGUACGCGCUUGAAACGACCACCCAUCGCCGUCGAUUCCGGCUACGACGUCCACGACGACGACCGCAAUGGCAACCGUCUCAUCAAAGUCAGCUGAGUGUCACAAACGAUACGGACGAUGCCGUUUCGGAUACGGAAUCCGAUUAUCCCAAGAUCCAAAUCAAAAUGGGACUUGUGCUACCGGGCCAAGAAAUGAGUGAAGAACUAUUCACUGAAAUACGACAAGCAUGGGAUAUGCUUGUGUCGAUUCGCCCCCCGUCGCCGGGUAUCGACGAGAGCGAUGCUGUGCUCUCGGGAGGUUCCGAUUCCGAAGCAGUUCAAUCGACGCCUCAAUCGACACCUCAGUUGACCCCCUCAGAAGAAGUGUCAUUGCAAGACUUGUCACUGGAAAAUCGGAAAGCCCGAGGAGGCCGUUUUAGACGUCGAAAAAUGGGUCGACAGCCGCUGCAAUCGCAAGAGUCCAUGUCUUCGAUCCUUUCCUCGUCCUCUGUUGGUGAAACGUCGGCCUCUGAUCAUCCGAAAAAGAGUCGUGUCAAAAGACUUCGUCGCCGUGGUUUCAGAGGACGAAAAAGGGAGCAUAUUGCCGAAUUUCGAUCAGAUGUGGUUGGCAUCACUUUUCUCGAAAUCGUUCAUGCCGAAGAUUUGCCACCGGAACGCAAUGUGACACGGACGGGGUUCGAUAUGGAUCCGUUUGUGAUUGUCACUUACGGCACAUCGACGUUCCGUACGCGGGCUAUUCGUCACAAUCUUAAUCCCGUUUGGAAUGAGAAGCUCUUUUUCCACGUGCGACAGAACGAGGCCAAUUAUAAGCUCAAGUUUGCCGUGUACGAUAAGGAUAAAUUCUCCGGCAACGAUUUUGUGGCGUGGCAAGAACUGCCGAUCAUGAGCAUUAUACGUGAAUCAAAGACCAAACGGGAUAGUAUUAGUGAAAAUGCUAUCCCGGCCGAUGCCAUUGAAGCCGAUAUGGGGCUGCACACGAUUCCACUGCAGAUGGUGAAGCAAGAGAAAUGGCAAGAUCGCCAUCCUACCCUCACCAUCCGUGCGAAAUUUGUACCUUAUGCAGAAAUCCGCCGACUCUUUUGGCUGGCCCUGGCUCGAACGUAUGACGUGGACGAGAGUGGCACGAUGAAUCGAUUGGAAGUACAAAGCAUGCUGGAAAGUCUGGGGUCGACGAUUUCCGAAGCGACCCUCGACAGUUUCUGGACCCAGCACGGAAAAGAUCCCAAUGAUGAAGCCGAUGCUCUUUCAAUGGACGAGCUUGUUCAGAGUCUGGAGAAUUUCAUGUUGUCGGUGGACGAAAAACCAUCCACGGCUACUUCCGAGUCGAGUAUGACCACCGAUAGUGGAAUUCCUGUGGCAGUGGUGGAUGAACAUGCGUCCGAGUAUCCUCCUCAACCAGAUCGAAGCGAAAUGUCCGAACAAGAAGAUGGAGGCGAAUUUUCCACGUUUGACGAUGAUUUUGGUCCAUUUUUUGAAGAGACAUAUUCGUCGACGGUGUUUACGGAAGAAGAAGAUGAGGACGACGAUGACGAUUCAGUGGAACCUUUAAGAGAUGCACAGGGUGUGCAGUACAUGGAUGAUCCUGUUUUACCAUUUCAACCUACCCUGUCCUCAGGCUCUUCCGACGCGAUCAAGGAUGAAGACAGAGAGAACGAAGAGGGUGAAGAGGACGAGGAAGAAGAAGGAGACGAAGAUGAUGACGACGAUGACGAAGAUGAUACCACGGGCGAUGCAGCAAUGCAUGGAAAACGGGCUAAUGAAAAGAUUAUUCGAUUAAAAGAAUGUCCGAUUUGCCAUCGACCGAAUCUGGCAAAACGAGCUCAAAUGGAUAUCGUCACCCACGUGGCGACCUGUGCAGCGGACGAUUGGACGACGGUUGAUCGCUUCUUGAUGGGGAAUUUUGUCACCGAGGCGUAUGCUCAACGUCGCUGGUUUGUCAAGCUCGUAAGCAGUGUAGGCUACGGCCGAUAUGCUCUUGGACGUAAUAAUGCCAACAUCAUCAUCCAAGAUCGUCUUUCUGGUCAAUUGAUCGAAGAACGCAUGAGUGUCUAUGUUCGCUUAGGCAUGCGAUUGUUGUAUAAAGGCAUGAAAACUGGCAUUCAAUCCAAAACAGCUCAACGUGUCUUGACGAAUAUGACAGUGCGUCAAGGUCGACGGUUCGAUUCGCCGCAAUCCGCACGCGAAAUUCUGCCAUUUAUUAAGUUCCAUAAAUUGGAUAUGCGUGAAGUGCGUGACCCUAUCUCGAGUUUCAAGACAUUCAACGAAUUCUUUUACCGAAAAUUGAAACCGGAUGCGCGUCCAUGCGAAUGUCCCGAUGAUCCUCGCGUCAUUGUGAGUCCCGCCGAUUGUCGUAUGUUGGCUUUUCAAACCGUCGACGAUGCGACGCGGAUCUGGAUCAAAGGCACCGACUUUACCUUGAAAAAGCUACUGGGUUCGGACAAGGGCGAUCACUUUGGAGGAGGCUCGUUGGCCGUCUUCCGAUUAGCGCCCCAAGAUUAUCACAGAUUUCAUUGUCCUGUGGACGGUGUCAUUACAGAAACCACCAUCAUCGAAGGGCAAUACUACACGGUGAAUCCUAUGGCCAUUCGAACGACAUUGGAUGUGUAUGGCGAUAAUGCGCGUGCUAUUGUACAGAUGGAUACCGAUGAAUUUGGCAAAGUGGCCAUUGUUUGUAUAGGAGCCAUGAUGGUGGGAUCGAUUAUCCUAACGGCCAAAUCGGGACAGCAUUUGGCGAGAACGGAUGAACUGGGUUAUUUUGCGUUUGGUGGUAGCACACUGGUCGUUUUAUGGGAAAAGGGCGCCAUUCAAUUCGACAAUGAUUUGCUGCAAAACUCCGAAAAACCAUUGGAAUCUUUGGUACGCGUUGGAAACCGAAUUGGGUGUCGUGCGUGAGCUUUCUUGUAUAUGUAAUUUAUAUUUUGAUACGUUUUAUGUAUUGUUCAUUGUACUUUAUUGUAUUUCUACCAUUCCAUCCACAACAAAAAGAGAAACUUUUUGCGGCGUUGCCAUAACUUUGAGUUUCUCCGACCCAAAUACAAUGCCUCAAAAAAUAAAAACGGACGAUUGAGCGGAGCGG